CAGUUGUCUUCCCAAAAUAGCCUCCCCUCCACUGCCUUAUAUGUGCAGGCCCGCAGCACGCGCCCGAGGAGGCAUCAUGUAUCUAGGCCACACAAUACGAGCCGCAGGCUCAUUGUUGCUGCUUACCAUCAGGCCCGUCUGCGUCUCAGGGACCAGGCCUCGCCAUGCAUCUCCACCAGCUCAACCGUGAGUGUCUCCUGCACCUUUUCUCCUUCCUGGACAAGGACAGCCGAAGGAGUUUGUCUCUAACCUGCGAGCGGCUGCGUGAGGUCUUCCUGGACCCCCGCCUGUGGAACCUGCUCCAUUUUUGCUCGCCCUCUGAGCUGAGGAGAAACAACUUUGUGCUGGGAGUCUCCUUGCGUUACCUGUCUGUCUGCUGGUACUCCAGCAGGGUCCUGAAGGUGUGCAACAUCGAGGACUGGCUGAAGAGCUCCUUUCAGAGGGACAUCUGCAGCAAACAUGAGGGAUUGGUCAGCACCUUUCUGGCUCAUGUCUGCCGCAUGUGCCCGAACCUGCUCUCCUUGAAACUGGCUGGCUGCGGUCACAUCACAGAUCAGGAUGUCGUCUCGCUGUUGCAGAGCUGCAGGAAGCUGCGGCGCCUCCAGCUGGAGAACUGCGUCCGCGUCACGGACCGCAUCCUGGACGGCUUGGUGGCUCACGGCGCCGCCCUGGAGGAGGUGGAGGUGGACUUCUGCAGGAACAUCACACCGGAGGGGCUUAGGUUGGUGCGGGAGAAGAGGCCUGGCAUCCGACUGAGCGCGGAGAGGAGCGCCACCAUGAUACCAGACAGCAAGCCUGAGGAGAAGGUGGCGCUCAGGAGAACCUUGCAGAAACUUCUGCAGUUUUACUGAGAGCAGAGCGCAUGUUUUUACAGGAAUUUGUUUACAAAAACCCAAAACCAGUGAAUACAAUGAUUCGCAAAUCCUAUUCAACUUAGUAAGUAAUGAAACAGUGAAGGUUACUCGAACGUCUCGUAUGCCACAUGACCUCUCAAGAGGUUUUCAGAGUGUCAUAUACCAAUGGAUAGGUACCAAAUUCAGUACUUUUAUAGGAACUGACCUAAUCCUGUUGGCAUUACUCUGUAUCGAGUCACGUAAAAUUAUGCCAUGCAAAUAAUGCAUUUCAAUACUUUCUGUUGCUCGGUUGCAAACUACACUGCACUUGGCAAGGAAACAAUCCAUUAGGUCAGGGGUGCCCACACUUUUUCUGCAGGCGAGCUACUUUUCAAUUGACCAACUCGAGGGGAUCUACCUCAUUUAUAUAUAUCAUUUAUAUGUAUUUAUUUAUGAAAGAGACAUUUUUGUAAACAAGUUAAAUGUGUUUAAUGAAAAUACAAGCAUGUGUAACACA